UCCACGAAAAUUUUCCAAAAUGGCGGCUGUUGGGGGAAUUGUUGCUCAAGAAAACCAUGGCGGAUUUUCGUUCGAAAACUGCAAAAGAAAUGCCAUACUGGAGAAAAUGGGCGCUAAGCUGCCCACAGCAAGAAAAACUGGUACAACUAUUGCGGGAAUUGUAUUCAAGGAUGGCGUCUUAUUAGGUGCUGAUACAAGAGCUACUGAGGAUACAGUUGUUGCAGAUAAAAACUGCUCCAAGAUCCACUACAUAGCUCCCAAUAUUUACUGCUGUGGGGCUGGUACUGCUGCUGAUACAGAGUAUGUUACAAAUCUUAUCUCCUCCAACAUUCAGCUCCAUAGCUUAUCCACUGGACGACAGGCCAGGAUUGUUACUGCGUUACGUAUGUUGAAACAGCUGCUGUUCAGAUAUCAAGGGUACAUCAGUGCUGCACUUGUGCUUGGUGGUGUAGACUUAAAUGGCCCUACACUUCAUACUGUCUACCCUCAUGGAAGUACUGAUAAGCUUCCAUAUGUCACAAUGGGUUCUGGUUCCUUGGCUGCCAUGUCUGUAUUUGAGUCACGAUACAAGCCUGAUAUGGAGCUUGAGGAUGCUAAACAACUUGUUCGUGAUGCAAUUGCUGCAGGAAUAUUCAAUGAUUUGGGAUCUGGCAGUAAUGUUGAUCUAUGUGUUAUAACCAAAGAAGGAACACAAUACCUCAGGCCUUAUGAUGUGGCCAAUGAAAAGGGCAUCAGACAAGGAAAGUACUCCUACAAGAGAGGCACUACAGCUGUUCUAACUAAAGAUGUAAAACCCAUUGUGAUGGAAGUGACAGAGACCAGAGUAACAGGAGAAGCCAUGGAAAUGUGAUCUUUCUUCACUCUUUGUUCAUCUCUUUUGAAUUUGUACACUAAGAAAAGCUGUAGUUAGAACUUCUGUGCUAAGCUGAAACUCUUCCAAAAGUUUACAGUGUAACUGCUUUGUGUUAUCAAAAAAGGCUACAAGGAAGUGUGUACCAUGUUAUUAAAAAAAAGGUUUGAAAUAAAAAAAAACUGUG